AUGCAUGGAAACGAUGAUGGUGUUGCGGCCAGGAAUUUCGAGAAGACCCGAACCAGCACGGCAACGAAAGGGCUGAUAUCCGAAAGGCAGAUCAGCUUGCAGGUGCAGCAGCAUGCAACGUCGUUCGUUCAGGCAGCAGCGGACUCGAUCUCGCAAGCGAGUGAGCAAAUGUGCCGUUCAAGCUUUGCCAGACAAUGGGCAUCUUCCGCUCAGCGCGACCUUGGUGAGCGUGGCGAGACUGCAUUGUUGGCAGGCGAGGAAGUGGGAACAGACGCUCCCUCCAGAUCGUGGAGAGUCGUUCUGGUGGCGGAUUUUGCAACAGGACUGCAAGAGAUCGUCUCCUGUUCUGUACCACCGACAUCGUGGCAUCCGAUGUCCAAGCACCACUCGACACACGGCCCAGGAAAGCAGGUCCUCUGGUCUGGAGUCCGCAUCACUCGUCGCAGGCAUCAGCGCAUCAGCGACCAUCCAAGUCGCAUCAAGCGUCGCGAACAGGCAUUGGAUCUCGCAGUCGAGCAUGAGCACCAAGAUAAUCACGGCGAAUUUGUAACGCGGCAGCUUGUCAAUACGCUACGCCACAACGAUGAGCGCUGGGAAGAAUAUAUGCCCAAGUACGAAGGCACAUUUCUGUACCUUUCGGCUGCCUACGGCUUCGCGUCAGGGCUGUAUGCGCUCCUGCGCGAUGCAUGGUACGCGGACUCGACGGAUUGGCAGCUCAUCUGCAAUGAUACCGUAUGGCAAAUGUCAGACAAUCCCGAUAGACCUCGGCUCAAUUGUCGCGUCAGAAGUCAAACGCAGACGCGAUACAUACAGGCCGGAGCAGAACAUGAUAGCAGGGAACGCAGUCGCGAGAGCUUGAAGAAACGCGUGCGAGAGACCUGCAACACGGCGACGAUAAACUGCAGCUGGGGUGCUUUCUUUCGAGGCGGCGAUAGAGCUGGCGAAUGCUUCGAAUUCCACAGAGUCUGCGGCUCGAGGCUGCCACAACGACCCCUCGAUGAUCCUUCAUCGGCAAGCGGACAGAGACGUAUCAGACUCCAUGAUCCUUCAUCGCCAAGCGGACAGAAACGUAUCAGAGUCCGUUUAAUGUCCGCCGAACCGACAGCGCUAGAAAAUGCUAGCAAAUCGAGCCCCGUCUUUGACAUGAUAUCCGUGCACCGCUCUGAGCUGGUGUGCCGCUCUUAUCUCACCGGGAAGCGUUCCAUCUACUCCCGUAGGACGAUGGUGUACGCUGCUCCCUUUUCGCACGCCUCCGAGUUGUACGCGUACGCAGUUCGCCAUACAUAUUGGUGCUGUCCGCCGGGGCGUGACAAGAUGGAAUGCAGCUUUGGCAUCACCGGCAAAGACUUUACCAUCAUCGCAUCCGACACUUCGGCCGCACGUAGCAUCGUCCGAAUGAAGUCGAAUGAAGACAAGAUGCGUGUGAUUGGCAAGCGCCUCGUGUUCGCCUAUUCUGGCGAGUCAGGCGACACAGUCCAGUUUGCGGAAUACGUCGAAGCGAAUCUCAAGCUCAAUGCGAUCAGGAAUCAUACCGAGCUUCGACCGGCUGCGUCGGCUGCCUGGAUCAGGAAGACGCUGGCAGACUCGCUUCGAUCGCGCAAACCGUAUCAGGUGAAUCUCCUACUAGGCGGCUUUGAUCCCACGGACAGCACGCCACAUCUCUACUGGAUUGACUACCUCGGCACAAAGGCGACUGUGCCGUACGCAGCGCAUGGCUACGGUAGCUACUUUUGCCUCUCCACCAUGGAUCGCUACCACAAUCCAAACUGCUCGCUCGAGGAGGGUCUCGCGUUGCUCGCAAGAUGCAUCAACGAGCUCGAGACACGCUUCAUCGUCAAUCUGGGCAAAUUUCAGGUCAGGGUGGUCGACAAGGAUGGAGUACGCGAGGUCGAAUUGCCAGCGCAUGCUCCCGCUGCGCCUGUCCCUAGCACGACGCUCGACACUGCUCCCCAGGUCGCUGUAUCAGCAUGA